GUUUCAGUUCAGAAAGGAGAUAAGACAAGUUCUCCCGUUGACUACUAUCCUGACACAAGAAAAAUGGAACUGAAGUGUACCUUCAAGGGAUGGCCUCGUCCUCGUGUAGUUUGGUACAAUCCAGAUAAAAAACAAAUCAUCAACGGAUCUGAAGGUUUUUACAUCUCAGAGCAGCUGGAUCGAGAGGAUACCUUAACUUCCCUUCUCCGUAAUCCUGAUAUCCAAGAAAAACACGCAGGGGCUUAUAAAUGCACUGGAAUGAACAACAUUACCGGCUGGUCGAGUGAAAAAUCAGGGUAUACUGACCUGAAUUAUCGCUGUGAGUCAUUUAAUUUCUUAUUUCUAAUACUACGGAUGCGCAAAACUACCUCCUUUGAAGCAGGUUCAUAAAAACAUAAUACCAUGUUUCUCCUGUAAGCAAUGGAAAGUAUCCCACUUAGACUAAGAGGGACAGCUCAUUCUCUCUUGAUUUAGACGGAAUUAAAUAUUGGGUGUUUCAUAUUUCAAAUGACAGUUUAACUUAUUCCUAACUGAAUUUAAAAAAAUGUAACUGACAAUUUCGUGCCAGGAAUUUUCAUUUGUUUACCCCCCGGGGCACAAGGGAUAAGUAAAUAAGUAAAUAAAUAAAUAAUGAUUUAGUGGCGCUAGCUCAUCCACAUAGUGGUUCUGUCUCAAAUUUACCCCGCGCAGCUGGCGGGAUUAACGUGGGAGUGACGUGUUGCUUUGAUGGCGAUGGCGGAAUAAGGGUGAGAAGCAACAAAACUCCCAACCCGGCCGACCUUAUAUGAUGUUGCCUGAGGAAUCAAGCACAGGACAGUCAUUAAUGAGAGGGGAGUGUUCUCACCUGAAAUUCAGUAGAACCUCUAUAUAACCAAGUCUUCGGUAUAAUUAACAAUUAUUCCACUUAUUCCACGAGUGUGCGUUACAUAUGAGAUGGUAGGUAACCAACGAGGCGCGUAGCACCGUGUUGACUAUAAUCAUCUCAUUUCCAAAAAGCGAGUGGAAUAAUUAUUCUAUUAAAGACGCCCACAAAAUAUCGAGAAUUUUUUCCGACUUUAUUUGUAAACCAACCGAUUUUCAUCUUGUUUUUGAUUUUGAGCAGACGCGUACGGUUACCAUGUUUGAAGAGCAUGGUUUAACGGCUCAUAAACCAUGAUGGCUAAGCCAAUCAGAGCUCUAGAAUUGCAUUAUCCAAUGAUUCAAUUUUUAAAAAUAAGCGAUACUCUCCGCCAAAGAAAUAAUACAGGCAAACCCCGUAAAUCGCGACACGGAAGGGGCCGUGCUAAGAAUAUGUCUGUAUUCACUUGGUGACGUUAUUAAGCGGGAAGAAAAUGAAAGGACUUUUUUUCCCCAGGGACAAAGCCAACUGUCCGUAACAAUGAGAUCUCUGUAUUGAGCGGGUUCCAGACUGGAGCGGGGUUUGACUGUACAAUGAAUAAAAGGAACCUCGAUAUAACAAAACCUCUUUAUGGCGAGCAUAUUUUGCCAGUCCUUUUGGUCUUCGUUCAGCUGUUCGUUACAUCAACAUUCCAAUGUAAGCUGUUAUGUGAUUGUUGAAAAGAGAAAACGAGACGCCGACUAUCUAUUGAAAUCAAAACUUAGUAGCACAGGCCAUAUUGGUGGGAGGUAAGAGAAGUGGGGUUCAUCCGAUCAGCCCAUCGUGAGAGCGUGUCUAAAGACGGCGUGACGAGACAAGUCGCAAAAGAGGAAACCAGUGGGAUAAACAAAAUCAACACGUGAAAACUCCAAAGUGUUGUGAUGCCCUAUAUAUUGUCACAAAUACUCAGGAGGGGAGGGUAAGAGUAAGAAUGUUACCUCCUACAGUUGCACAAAAAAAUGGUAACGAUUUUCAAAUGAUAUUUGCUCAUCAUAUCUUCUUAUCAUCUAAUACAGGUCUCUUGCCUAAAGCUCCGCAGAUUACUUCUCUCGAGGUUUUCAAGACAGCCUACCUCAAUGUCAGGUUAAAGUGCAGAGUAGGUGUUAGCCCAAGCAACUGUGAUGACAAUUCUUUACAGUGGUAUUUUAACAACAGCUCAGUGAAAUUAAAAUCUGGUGAAAAGUAU